GUUCCUUUAGUAGUUAUAGACGAGAGUCCUGAGCGCGCAGCAGGAGUCGAGAGCCCCCUGGCCAUAGAAUUGAGAUUUGGGAGCCGCUGGAGGGAGGCAACCUGGAAGGAAGCCAGGGAGGUUUUGGAAACGCUCUUACGAUUUAGAAAGCACAGUUCAGAUCCUUGCUGUCAUUGUGAAGUAGAAUCUGCUUCCUCAGGGUGUAUUUGGAAGCGACGGCUGACUCAUCGCAGCGUUUAUAUAAAAUGAUUGUUCGGUUAGGGUUGUGCUUCAGAGCGCACGCAUCCUGAGAUCGGAGCUCUCUGUCGGAACCGCUACUAAACCAGAAAGGCAGAAGAAACUUUCCAGAUGUCUUCCAGUAACGGCCCAGUUUUAAUCACAAUGCCAGAAAGAAACACCAAUGGCCUUCCCCGGAACACCUCCAAUGACAUGAAGACCGACAGUGAUGGAGCUGUGCUAAGUUUUCAUAACAUCUGCUAUCGAGUAAAAGUGAAGAGUGGCUUCCUUGGCCGGAAAACAUUUGAGAAAGAAAUACUAAAGAAUGUCAAUGGGGUCAUGCGACCUGGCCUCAAUGCUAUUCUGGGACCCACGGGUGGAGGCAAAUCCUCGUUGUUAGAUGUUCUAGCUGCAAGGAAAGAUCCACAGGGAUUAACUGGAGAUGUUUUGAUUAAUGGAGGACCUCGACCUGCCAAUUUCAAAUGCAACUCAGGUUAUGUGGUACAAGAUGAUGUCGUGAUGGGAACUCUGACAGUGAGAGAAAAUUUGCAGUUCUCAGCAGCUCUUCGGCUUCCAACCACUAUGAAGAAUUAUGAAAAAAAUGAACGGAUUAACAAGGUUAUUCAAGAGUUAGGUCUGGAUAAAGUGGCAGAUUCCAAGGUUGGAACUCAGUUUAUCCGUGGGGUGUCUGGAGGAGAAAGGAAAAGGACCAGUAUUGGCAUGGAACUUAUCACUGACCCUUCCAUCUUAUUCCUGGAUGAGCCCACAACUGGUUUAGACUCAAGCACGGCAAAUGCUGUUCUUUUGCUCCUGAAGAGGAUGUCUAAACAGGGACGAACAAUCAUCUUUUCCAUUCAUCAGCCCCGCUAUUCCAUCUUCAAGUUGUUUGACAGCCUCACCUUGCUGGCCUCAGGAAGACUGAUGUUCCACGGGCCUGCUCAAGAUGCCUUGGGUUACUUUGCAUCAGCUGGUUACCACUGUGAGUCCUACAAUAACCCUGCAGACUUCUUCCUGGAUGUCAUUAAUGGAGACUCCUCUGCCGUGGUGUUAAACAGAGAGGAUAAAGGUGGUGAAGCCAAGGACAUUGAAGAACCUUCUAAGCAAGAGACUCCACUUCUAGAAAGACUAGCUGAGUUUUAUAGCAAUUCCACCUUCUUUAGAGAAACACAGGCUGAGUUGGAUCAGCUUUCAGAAGUUCAGAAAAAUACGAAGGGCACAAGCUUCAAGGAAAUCACCUAUGCCACUUCCUUCUGUCAUCAACUCAGAUGGAUUUCCAAACGUUCAUUCAAAAACUUACUGGGUAACCCCCAGGCCUCUAUAGCUCAGAUAAUUGUAACAAUCAUCUUGGGCCUCGUUGUUGGUGCCAUUUUCUAUGAUCUAAAAAAUGACCCUGCAGGAAUCCAGAACAGAGCUGGAGUGCUCUUCUUCCUGACCACCAACCAGUGUUUCAGCAGUGUGUCAGCUGUGGAGCUGUUCGUGGUGGAAAAGAAGCUCUUUAUACAUGAAUAUAUCAGUGGCUACUACAGGGUGUCAUCUUAUUUCUUUGGAAAAUUGUUAUCAGAUUUACUGCCCAUGAGGAUGUUGCCAAGUAUUAUAUUUACUUGUAUAACAUACUUCUUGUUAGGACUGAAACCGGAAGUAGCGUCCUUCUUCAUUAUGAUGUUCACCCUGAUGAUGGUGGCAUAUGCGGCCAGCUCCAUGUCACUGGCCAUAGCAGCAGGUCAGAGUGUGGUCUCCAUAGCAACUCUGCUUAUGACCAUCUCUUUUGUGUUCAUGAUGAUAUUUUCAGGUCUGUUGGUAAAUCUCAGAACUGUUGUGCCUUGGCUCUCAUGGCUUCAAUACUUAAGUCUUCCUCGUUAUGGCUAUGCGGCUUUGCAGCACAAUGAAUUUUUGGGACAAAACUUCUGCCCAGGCCUUAAUGUGACAACAAACAGUACCUGUGAAUUUGCAAUAUGUACCGGCGAGGAAUAUUUGCUAAACCAGGGCAUCGAUCUCUCACCUUGGGGCCUGUGGAGGAAUCACGUAGCCUUGGGGUGCAUGAUCAUUAUCUUCCUCACAAUUGCAUACCUAAAACUACUGUUUCUUAAGAAAUAUUCUUGAGUUCCUCUUUAAUGUACAUGGUAUAUCCAACCCAUUAAAAACAGAGUACCCUGAUUUA